AGUGAUAUUUGAAUUGGGACAUAUUUACUUUGGAAAACACAACAGCUCAACACCAAAGUUCACACUGAAACCCGGCUGAUGACCCUGUCUGGUUUCAUCUCUGCAACGACAGUGUUCAGAAGCAGAGCUUCAGCUCUACCAAAAUGAAACGCCCAUUCUAUGCCCUUCUUGUUUCUCUCAUCUUGUCUGUGUGUGGUGGGAGCCAAGGCUUUGCUGAGCAGAUAAACAGUGACAACCUGAGCCUGCCUCUUCUGCCUGCUGACUUUCAUAAAGAAAAUACAGUCACCAAUGACUGGAUUCCAGAGGGGGAGGAGGAGGAUGACUACUUGGACCUGGAGAAGCUAUUCAGAGAAGAUGACGACUACAUUGACAUUGUUGACGCGGUCUCCCCAACAGACGCAGAAUCAAGUGCUGAGGACAUCCUGCAGCUUUUCCAAGGCAAGAGUCGGAUCCAGCGUCUUAACAUCCUCAACGCAAAGUUUGCCUUUAACCUCUACCGAGCACUGAAGGGACAGGGCCCCACGUCUGAUAACAUUUUCAUAGCUCCUGUUGGCAUUUCUACUGCAAUGGGGAUGAUUUCCUUGGGCCUGAAGGGAGAGACCCAUGAACAGGUGCACUCGGUUCUGCAUUUUAAAGAUUUUGUCAAUGCCAGCAGCAAGUAUGAGAUCACUACAAUUCACAAUCUCUUCCGCAAGCUGACCCAUCGCCUCUUCAGAAGGAACUUUGGGUAUACCCUCAGGUCAGUCAAUGACCUUUAUGUCCAAAAGCAGUUUCCCAUCUGUGAUGACUUCAAAGCUAAAAUGAGAGAGUUUUACUUUGCUGAGGCACAGGUAGCUGACUUCUCAGACCCUGCCUUCAUAUUGAGGGCCAACAACCACAUUCUGAAGCUCACCAAGGGUCUCAUAAAAGCAGCUCUGGAGGACGUAGACCCUGCUACUCAGAUGAUGAUUCUAAACUGCAUCUACUUUAAAGGAACCUGGGUGAAUAAAUUCCCAGUGGAGAUGACACACAAUCACAACUUCCGACUUAAUGAACGAGAGGUGGUCAAAGUCCCCAUGAUGCAGACCAAAGGGAACUUCCUUGCAGCAAAUGACCAGGAGUUGGAUUGUGAUAUCCUCCAGCUGGAGUAUGUGGGGGGCAUCAGCAUGCUAAUUGUAGUCCCGCACAAGCUGUCGGGGAUGAAGACCCUUGAAGCACAGCUGGCUCCCCAGGUAGUGGAGAGAUGGCAAAAAAGCAUGACUAACAGAACUCGAGAGGUGCUUCUGCCCAAGUUUAAGCUCGAGAAGAACUACAACCUUGUGGAGGCCCUGAAGUCCAUGGGGAUCACAGAGAUGUUCAACAAAAAUGGCAACAUGUCGGGCAUCUCAGAGCAGAGAAUCACCAUAGACCUGUUCAAGCAUCAAGGCACCAUCACAGUGAAUGAAGAGGGCACCCAAGCUGCAGCUGUGACCACAGUGGGGUUCAUGCCAUUGUCUACCCAAGUCCGCUUCACUGUUGAUCGCCCAUUCCUGUUUCUAGUGUAUGAACACCGCACCAGCUGCCUGCUCUUCAUGGGGAGAGUGGCCAACCCUGCCAGCUCUUAAUGGUGACAGUCUGGGCACGUAAUGUGUUUGGGGGACAUUAAUUCUGUUCACAUUCUAACAAUGAGGACAGAGAUGUUUAGACAUCAUAAAUUCUGUGGUUUAUGCUACCAAAGUGAAUUCCAGGCCUAUAUGAGAGAAGAAAUUUACUAAAGACUGAGACACUGACUAUAAACAAUGCCUUAAGUAAGCAGGAAUUAGUAUAGCUAGCACCCAGCUGUCCCUGGAAGGUAUCAGCAACAGGCUGUACCAGCCCCACCUCACAACAAGACAAGAGCAUGCCUGAGCACCUUCUUCCCAGGCGGCCUCACCUGCUUCUUCUACUCAAGGCCUCUCUGCAGCAGGACCCCAUCUGAACGCAACACAAGAGCUGCAUAACCAUUUCCCCAGCCCUCCCAGAGAGGAUGCCCAACUAGCAUUGUUCCUGAUGUCCAUGGGAGAAGCAAACAUGAGACACACAUGGGUGUCCAAAGUGUUGGGGCCUAAUUACCUCAAGGGCUGACCUUCCCAAUACAUACAAAUGUCAUCUCUCCUCCCACUGUUGCCUCACUGUUACCCAUGUAUGCAAUGUCACACCUUCUUAAUCUAAAGAUUAAACAAACAUGACCACA